UUAAUCUAACCAUACUGUCUAAUCAGAAAACUGAACAACACAGGCACACAUAACACAGCUUAAUGGCCAAUUUACAGUCAGCAAAUGUCCUCACUGGUGUUGUCAUGGUAACAGUAAGGACUGUAACGGUGAUGACUCAUGUUGCAGAAUCACGUGUGGGUGGACGUGACACGCCACAACUCAAACUUGCCACCUCUGGCUGUGAAGAAGCCCGAAUGCCUCGGCCUUCUAAACUUGCUGGACAGAAACAAGGACUCAGGGGUGCAGCACUACUGUAUCCUAAAGGACGGAUGCCUUUACUUCUACGCCAGCAUACGAUCAACCUAUGCAGUUGGUGGGAUCUACCUGCAUGGCUACACAGUGAGGGAACAACCUCUAGGAUUCAAGAGGUCCGCUAUUGAGCUCAAACCCCCAUCAGAAGAGUUCAAAGUGUUCUACCUCUGUGCUGAAAAUGCCAAUGAAAACAAACGGUGGAUCGGGGCAAUAAAGACAUCUAUAGGAAAAUGGCUGCCUUUGCAUCAGGCACUUCAAUAUUAUAAGAGUCGGCCUCCUGAGGAAACCAAAAUGUAGGAUUCAUCAACUGGUGGGCCGUGGGCCAGAUGUGGAACCACUUGUUCCCAAAAUGUUCUGGAGAAAGUUUUUUUUUUUAAUUCCCAGAACAUUCUGAGUUUCUGAACUUUAAUAGUUCAGUUUUGUUCAGGAAAGUUUUCUUUACAGACAUAUAACAGUCACGUGUUAUGGUUAGGGGAAUGAGACCCUAACGUUCCCGUAACAUUUAAAUAACCUUGCGGUAAUCUGCCAUGGUUUGGAGAAAGUUCCCCUAAAGUUCUGGUAACCUUUAAACUAAUUUGGUUUUUAAAAUGUAAUUUUAAAACCUAUUCUGAACAUUCUCUAUCAGCCAUAUACAGUGCCCUCCAAUAAUAUUGGCACCCUUGGUAAAUAUGAGCAAAGAAGGCUGUGAAAAAUUCUUCAUUGUUUAACCUUUUGAUCUUUUGUUUAAAAAAAAUUCACAAAAAUACUCUGCUCAUAUGGAUAUCAAAGAAUUGCAAACACAACACAGGUUUAUAAUUUGAUAAUUAUAGGUGUGCAACAAUUAUUGGCACCCUGAAUGAAUUCAUAAGGGAAAAAUAUAUUUGGAGUAUAUUCCCAUUACUAUUAAAACAUUUUUAGUACACCUGGGUGACUAGGAACAGGAAAUCCAGUCAACUGGAAAUGUUAUGAAUCAACCUGGAAGAGGACGUUUGUCUAUAUGCCUUAACGCACUGUGAAGAAGAUGGCCGAGUGGCCAAAAAAUCUCCAAGUAUCACAGCUGGAGAAUUGCAGAAGUUAGUUGUGUCUUGGGGUCAGAAAGUCUCCAAAACUACAAUCCGAAGUCACCUACAUCACCACAAGUUGUUUGGAAGGGUUUCAAGAAAAAAGCCUCUACUCUCAUCCAAAACAAACUCGAGCAUCUUCAGUUUGCCAGACACUUCCUGCACUUCAAAUGGGAUCGGGUUCUGUGGUCAGAUGAAACGAAUAUAAAGCUUUUUGCCAAUAAACACCAGAGGGGGUUUUGGCACACACAGAGAGGUAGUCAUAUGGAAAAGUACCUCAUGCCCACGGUUAAAUAUGGUGGUGGCUCUUUAAUGUUUUGAGGCUGUUUUUGUGCCAGAGGACCUGGACAUUUUGUUAGGAUACAUGGCAUCAUGGACUCUAUCAAAUACCAACAGAUAUUAAAUGAAAACCUGACUGCCUCUGCCAGAAAGUUUCCAAUGGGCCGUGGUUGGAUCUUCCAGCAGGACAAUGAUCCAAAAGAUACAUCAAAAUCAACACAAAAAUGGUUUACUGACCACAAAAUCAAGGUCUUGCCAUGGCCAUCCCAGUCCCCUGACUUGAAACCCAUAGAAAACCUGUGGGGUGAACUGAAGAGGAGAGUCCACCAGUGUGCACCUCAAAAUUUGAAGGGUCUGGAGAGAUUCUGUAUGGAGGAAUGGUCUCAGAUCCCUUGCCAUGUAUUGUCCAACCUCAUCAGGCAUUAUAGGAGAAGACUCAGAGCUGUUAUCUUGGCAAAGGGAGGUAGCACAAAUUAUUAACUAAAACUGUGCCAGUAAUUGUUGCACACCUAUAUUUAACAAAGAUUUUUUUAUAUAUAUAAACCGCUGUUUUGUUUGCAAUUGCUUGAUAUCCAUGAGAGCAGUGUGUUUGUAAUUUAUUUUAUUUUUUUUUAACAAAAGAUCAAAAGGUUCAACAAUAAAGACAAUUUUCACGGCCUUCUUUGCUCAUAUUUACCAAGAGUGCCAAUAUUAGUGGAGGGAUUAGCUGAGGAAUUGGUUCCUGUUAGCAAGUGGCUCAAAGAAAGGGAUGUGUAGCCAAGUUAAACACGUCCCUAAUGAAUCUCAAUCUCUCUCUCUCUCUCUCUCUCUCUCUCUCUCUCUCUCACACACACACACACACACACACACACACACACACACACACACACACACACACACACACACACACACACACACACACACACACACACACACACAGAGGUACUAAAACUAUUGGAAACAACAACUGCCCAUCGGCAGUGUUAGUAACAAACACAUUACAUUUAGCUUACCUACUAUUACAGGUGCUGUAUAAACAAAGUCUAACUAUUCAUGCGAGCCCUGCUGCAGUGGCUGUUCAAACUUCAACAUUUUUAUUGUUUUCAUACUUGUCCUCUAGUAUUUUUGUCAUUAAUUUCAGUUUUCCUUUACGUAUUACUUGGGGGUGAAAUGAUAUUUUUUCUCUGACUGCUGUUUGCCAAAUGUGUGGGCGCCAUUAACGUGAAUGUCCUUGAUUGGCCAAACUAUUGUUCAACUUAUACCUUUCCUCAACAAAUUUUCUAAAUAAAAAUAUAUACAUUUUAAAUAUAAUUAUUCGUUUAAAUUCGUUUGAAUAUAAUACAAAGCUUUAACUUCAUUUAUGGGGUUUUUCUGUUUAAACUUUUUGCUGACUCAAAGACGCUAUACAGCCGCCACUAGAGGGAGCUACAGACCCCACUUUCCCACCUAUACUUAUUAUUUACUGUAUAAAAGAAUUAUAAAGUACAAAGUAUUUGUUUUAUUUAUUUUGUUUUGUUUUGUUUUGUGUUUUUUGUGCUAUUUUUUGUUUUUUUAUUGUUGUUUUUUUAAAACAAUAGUUACAUGACAUUUUCAACAAAAGGUCUUUUUUAAUUUGUGAGUUUUACUUUGUAUCUUCUGCCAUAUGUUUCUUUAUACAUACACUAUAUGGCCAAACGUUUGUGGACACCUGACCAUCACACCCAUAUGUGGGCCUUCCCCAAACCUUCAACUGUAUAAAAUGUCUUUAUAUGCUGUAGCAUUAAGAUUUCCUUUUACUGGAAUUAAGAGGCCCAAACCUGUUCCAGCAUGACAAUGCUCCAUGAACACAUGGUUUGCCAAAGUUGGAGUGGAAGAACUCGAGUGUCCUGUACAGCGCUCUGACCUCAACCCGACUUUGGGAUUAUCUGGAACAUGGACAGGCCUCCUCACCAGACAUCAGUGCCCAACCUCUCUAAUGCUGUUGUGACUGAAUGAGCAAAUCCCCACCGCCAUGCUCCAAAGUAUUAUAGUGGAAAGCCUUCCCAGCAGAGUGAAGGUUAUUAUAACAGCAACGGGGGGCACACUUUUGGCUAUAUAGUGUAGCAGUCUGGACUUAUUAUAAAUGGAUAAUAUAAAAUGAUACAUUAGAGUGAAUCAUUUAUUGUACAUUACUGUUUUCAUUGCUUUAAAAUCCAGGUAUUACCAGCAGUAUAAGAAUUAUAAUCAAACCCCUGUCUGUUCCUCUAUCAGUGUCUGUGUGGCUUUAACCCAUAGCCAUGGUUGUGUUCAGUCAGGCAGUACUGUAACAUACAUAGUGUUCAGUUUAGGUGUUGUAUGAGAGGCUUCAGUGCUUAUCUUACAUUUAUAUUCUGUCCUUUCAUCCAGUUUUGCUACUUUGUAGAGUGUUUUUCUUUUACAAAUGUUUUGUGUCAUUUUCUUCCAGCUUCAUUCCAUGUACUAUAUUGUAUAAAUGACGUGUAAUUAAACAAAUAUUAUAAAUAAACAAGCAAACAAACAAAUGAAUAAAUAAACACUGUAUGUUGCUGUAUUUAGAUGUUUUAUUUGUGCAUUGUUGAUAUUGCUGGAAGGUAUACACAGACUUUAAUGAGCUCAUUGCAGAUUAUGAGUAAUUAGAGCACU